AUGCUGCGGCGGGCGUUUUUGUUCCGCAAAGUAACACGCUCAUGGACAACUGGCUCCAUCGCCUCGGCCUCGGCCCACUUCCCUGACGCCGUGAGGGUCGAUCCUGCUGCACAGCGCAGUGCAACAUGCUCCGCGAAGGAACAGCGUCAAUGGAGCCUCGAUGACGCUUCCAGUGGCAGCGGCCGCAAGGUGCCGAAACACAUUGAAUGGGUCACGCGUAAGGUGAAACUGUGGUGCCAAUUGAUACGUGCUGAUAAGCCCGUCGGAACAUUCCUUUUAUUACUACCGUGCUAUUGGGGUUCCAGUCUUGCCGUCACACGGGCGAUUGUGUGGGAAGGGGCCGAUCCAGUGGCUCUAUGCGCCCCCUUUGUGCCGGUGCAUCUUGCCGUGUUUUUCGCGGCAGGAGCAUUUUUGAUGCGAAGUGCUGGUUGUAUUGUCAACGAUAUGUGGGACAGGAAAUUUGACCGCAUGGUGGAGCGCACCAAAACACGCCCCUUGGCCUCUGGAACGAUGGGCAUGACCGAGGUUUCUGCUGUUCUCGUCACAACUCUUGGAUUGGCUCUUGUAAUUGCAAUGAAUUUGUCUCCGACUGCCCUUUUGGCUGCUUUAUCUAUUACCCCGUUGGUGCUUAUUUAUCCAUUUAUGAAGCGCAUCACAUACAUGCCUCAGCUAUUUCUUGGGUUAUGCUUCAAUUGGGGUAUAUUUGUGGGGUAUGCUGCGGUGUUAAAUCGUGUGGAUCUUGCUGUGACCUUGCCCAUUUAUUUUGCCUCUGUUGUGUGGACCAUUUUGUACGACACGAUCUAUGCUUAUCAGGACAUAAAUGACGAUAAGAAGUGUGGGGUGAAGAGCUCUGCUAUCCUUAUUGGGGAUCGCAAGCAUAUUCUCAUGGCCAUGGUUUUUCCUGUGGGUCUUGGAAUACUUGUCUCUGGUUUGAUGGUCUCACAGUCGCUUCCGUUUUACAUUGCUGUCCUCCUCUGCGUUUGGCACCUUCAGGGCAUCGUGGACGACGUCAAUAUCUACGACGCCUGGUCGUGUGCAACGGGAUUCCGUAGAAAUGUGCGAUUUGCCUUGUACGUGUUUCUAUCCAUGUGUCUGGGGAACGUUUUCUGGGCUCUCGCCUCGGAGCAUCAGCCGGCAAAGGAUGCGGAUAACAGUGCCGUUUCCGAGAACUCCGUCCUCAUGAGGUUUCUUCUUCUUAACCAAAAUGUGGCGACUCCGACGUACACCAUGCAAGAUGUCCGUUGGGUGGAUCGAUUUGCACAUCCAGCGUACGUUGCGUCCCAAGAAGCGCGGCAAGAUUCCACGCAGGACCCUUUGGUGAUACCGGCGUGGAUGCGGCGUGAGUACCUUGGCGAAAACGUGGGCUCUGUAAUGCGCCUGCUCGGUGUUGAGGAGGAGGUGAUUGCGUCCUGGCAAGCAUGGUGGUAUGCCCAGCUGGACCACUAUAAUAUGUUUUCCAAGGUUGCGAUAUGA